AUUUACGGGCACAGAUGGCGCGAUUUGCGCAUGGCAAUUCGCCGUUUAUGUCACAUGGAGCAACGUAAACUUGUCAAUUAUGCGAUUUCUUAAAAACACAGCUAGUGACAGUUGCUUUUAAUGUUAUCGUAAAAUGUCUCAAGACAAAAUAGUUGGCACUGACAUUCUCUUGGAGUUUUUGGAAAUGGCUUUUCAUCAUGUACUGUUCUUUCGCAAAAUCUAUCCUAAAGAGAUAUUCGUUAAAAGAAAAAUAUACGGAAUUGUAGUUUACACAUCAGAACAUCCAGAAUUAAAUGAAUACUUCUUCAAUGCCCUAAAUGCGAUCAAAGAAUUGAUAAAGGAGGAUGAAAACAGUGUCAAAACCAUUAAUCUUACCUUUUAUAAUGCAAACAAGUUACCAAUAGAAAGAUUCGUCUUUGAUAUAGUUAAACUGCAAGCAGAGCUUACAGAAAAGGACCCUUAUUACUUAAAGACAGAAGAAGCUCUGAGAACCAUUUGUUUAAAGUUAUCAAUGUGCGAUACAUAUUUGAAACCUUUACCAGAUGGUACAACCUUUUCUAUAGAAAUUCAAACUUACGAAACUGCACAUAUCGCUUUGAGUGAAAAUCCAAAAUGUGAGGACUUUCCAUGGGUUGUCAAAGAUGAUGCAACAGAGAUGGUGAACAAAAAUCUACUGCCAUUGAAAGAUAUCAAAACUGAUUGCUUGAAUCUGCAGAUGUAUGUGAUUGAAGAUGCAGAAAACAAAAGCUAAGAUAGCAACUGUCAAACUUGUCCCAUCAGUUUAGAUAUAAAUUCCUUAUCUCUGUUCCAUAGAAUGCUGCAGAUGGCAUUCAACUGAUAGGAGCAAUCAAACAUUUCUGAUCUUACUGAUGAUUUGCCAGCAUCAAUUCUG